AUGGAACAAAAGAGGCCAACCACCGCCGAUGAAGAAAUGGCGUCGGAGAAACCGUUAAAACCAGCACUUCAGAAACCACCAGGGUUCCGUGAUCAAGAGAACCCACCAUCAUCGGCACCGCCGUCUGGAACAGCUACGCUUCCACGUCGCCGUCCGAGGCCUAUCCAUCCAUCGUCACAGUACCCGGAGAAGAAACGGAGGUGUAGUAUCUGUCGCGUUUUCUGCUGUUGCGUAUGUAUCUUGGUCGCCGUGAUUCUCCUCCUCCUCAUCAUCGCCGUCGCUGUUUUCUUCCUCUGGUACAGCCCUAAACUCCCCGUGGUCCGCCUGGCUUCUUUCAAAAUCAGCAAUUUCAACUUUUCGGAAGGAAAGUCCGACGACGGAUGGUCGUUUCUGACGGCGGAUGCAACGGCGAUGCUUGAUUUUAGAAACCCUAACGGAAAGCUUGGAUAUUACUACGGAGAUACGGACGUAGCAGUGAUUCUCGGAGAGAAAGACUUUGAGACCAAUUUAGGGACAACGAAAGUCAAAGGCUUUGUUGAGAAGCCAGGGAAUCGGACGGCUGUGAUUAUCCCGACGAGGGUGAGGAAACGACAGGUUGAUAAUCCGACGGUGAAGAGGCUACGGGCAGAGCUGAAGAGUAAAGCAUUGUUGGUGAAAGUGACAGCUAAGACGAAAGUUGGAUUGGCCGUGGGAAGUCGCAGGAUUGUUACUGUGGGAGUUAGUAUCAAAUGCGGAGGCGUUAGGUUGCAAACACUUGAUACGCAAAUGGCCAAAUGCACCAUCAAAAUGUUGAAAUGGAUCAAAUUGCGGUCAUGA